AUGGAGAGAUUCAACCAUGGAGUGAUCGCUGGCUGUGGUACAGAGAGAUUCAACCAUGGAGUAGUGGCUGGCGGUGGUGGCACAGAAAUAUUCAACAAUGGAGUAAUCGCUGGUGGUUGCAUGGAAAGAUUCAAGCAUGGAAUAGUCGCUAGUGGUGGUGGCACAAUGAUAUUCAACCAUCGGGUAGUGGCUGGCGGUGGUAGCCCAGAGAGAUUAAACCAUGGAGUAGUCACUGGUGGUGGUGACACAGAGAGAUUCAACCAUGGAGUGAUCGCUGGUAGUUGCACAGAGAGAUUCAACCAUGGAGUGAUCGCUGGUGGUGACGCAGAGAGAUUCAACCAUGGAAUGAUCGCUGGUGGUGACACAGAGAGAUUCAACCAUGGAGUGAUCGCUGGUGGUGACACAGAGAGAUUCAACCAUGGAGUGAUCGCUGGUGGUGACACAGAGAGAUUCAACCAUGGAGUGUUUGCUGGUAGUUGCACAGAGAGAUUCAACCAUGGAGUGAUCGCCGGGGGUUGCACAGAGAGAUUCAACCAUGGAGUGAUCGCUGGUGGUAACACAGAGAGAUUCAACCAUGGAGUGAUCGCUGGUGGUUGCACAGAGAGAUUCAACCAUGGAGUGAUCGCUGGUGGUUGCACAGAGAGGUUCAACCAUGGGGUGAUCGCUGGUGGUGGCACUGGCAAAUUCAACCAUGGAGUGAUCGCUGGUGGUGGCACAGAGAGAUUCAACCAUGGAGUGAUCGCUGGUGGUUGCACAGAGAGAUUCAACCAUGGAGUGAUCGCUGGUGGUUGCACAGAGAUAUUCAACCAUGGAGUGAUCGCUGGUGGUGGCACUGGGAAAUUCAACCAUGGAGUUAUCGCUGGUGGUGGCACAGAGAGAUUCAACCAUGGAGUGAUCGCUGGUGGUUGCACAGAGAGAUUUAACCAUGGAGUGAUCGCUGGUGGUGGCACAGAGAGAUUCAACCUUGAAGUGAUCGAUGGUGGUUGCACAGAGAGAUUCAACCAUGAAGUGAUCGCUGGUGGUGGCACAGAGAGAUUCAACCAUGGAGUGAUCGCUGGUGGUGGCACAGAAAGAUUCAACCAUGGAGUGAUCGAUGGUGGUGGCACAGAGAGAUUCAACCAUGAAGUGAUCGCUGGUGGUUGCACAGAGAGAUUCAACCAUGGAGUGAUCGCUGGUGGUGGCACAGCGAGAUUCAACCAUGAAGUGAUCGCUGGUGGUUGCACACAGAGAUUCAACCGUGGAGUGAUCGCUGGUGGUUUCACAGAGAGAUGCAACCAUGGAGUGAUCACUGGUGGUUGCACAGAGAGAAUCAACCAUGGAGUGCUCGCUGGUGGUUGCACAGAGAGAUUCAACCAUGGAGUGAUCGCUGGUGGUUGCACAGAGAGAUUCAAUCAUGGAGUGAUCGCUGGUGGUUGCACAGAGAGAUUCAAUCAUGGAGUGAUCGCUGGUGGUUGCACAGAGAGAUUCAAUCAUGGAGUGAUCGAUGGUGGUUGCACUGAGAGAUUCAACCAUGGAGUGAUCGCUGGUGGUUGCACAGAGAGAUUCAACCAUGGAGUGAUCGCUGGUGGUUGCGCUGAGAGAUUCAACCAUGGAGUGAUCGCUAUAAUUGUAACGUAA